AUGGCUGAUCUGGAUACCGAGCCCAUAUCAUAUCUGGAUCCAUACCUCCCACUCUUUCCACUCCCAGUCCGCCUGUCCUCCCUGGUAAUCCUAGGAAUAUGGCUCUAUGGAAUAAACCUCCGCAUCUUUCAUGACAUGAACCUGGACACAGCCACCCUCCUUUCCUACCCAACAUCACCAAAUCAUCGAUCAGUCUUCCGACUAGCUGCAAUUCUAUCCUUAAUCCUCGGCAUCUCAACAGCAACAUUCUGGACAGUAACAGGUCUAGGCGAUGUCGAUUUAGCUCAAUACUACCUCGUCCUCCCCAACAUCACCCUCCUCCUCAUCCUACUCCUAGUAUUCGUGCUACCCAACCGCAUCCUCUGGCCCAAACAAAUCUGGCCGACGGGUCGUACCCGCCUCCGCCACACUCUGCUCCGUAUAGGCAUUGGUGGUCUCGCGCCCGAGGGCUCUGGCCGCUUCGGCGACAUCCUGCUCGCUGAUGCCUUGACAUCCUAUGCCCGGCCAAUAACAGAGAUCUAUCUAUCCUUCCGCUUACUCUUCACUUCCGCCGACCUUCCCAUCACGGCAAAGGGAAAAGUGAAUCGAGAAGUGCAUCCAUGGUUCCUGCUCUUACUUUUCAGCUGGCCGUUUCUGAUCCGCAUGCGACAAUGCCAUAUUGCGAACCAGCCGGCUAAUCUGCUCAAGUAUGCGACCUCGAUCGCUGUCCUGGCCAUGUCGAUGAUCUACUCGCAGGAUCCGUCAGAUCCGUGGGCUGCUUGGGGAUUGCCAGUAGCGGCUGUGGUGAAUACAUGCUAUUCUUUUUACUGGGACGUGGCGCACGAUUGGGAUUUGAAUCUGUUCUUCAUGGAGGAGUAUCCGAGGCCGAGUUACCCCAUUGGCCUUCGACAAAGAUUACUGUUCAGUACGUGGAAAUACUACGCCAUUAUCGCUCUGGACUUGGUGCUACGCUUCAUGUGGACAGUACGCUUCCUUGCGCCGCACUUCAAUGGAACCGAGCACGGCAUCUUCGUGGUGGAGGUUCUAGAGAUCGUGCGCAGAUUCCUCUGGACCUUUUUCAGAGUCGAGGCGGAACAGCUCCGGAAGCUGAAGGAGCCAUCUGAUACCACUGAGAUGGAAGAACAGCAUAUGAUAGACUAA